AUGUUUGGCAUGCGCAAGUGGUCUACUCCUGUUCUCCGUCCCGCCGCUCCCUUCAUCAUUGGCGGUGUCGCCGUGUUCUUCCUCGUCGCCAAGGCCCAGGACGCUAUGAUCAACUCUGAAGAAUACAGAAACGAUCCCAGAAACCCUGCCAUGGCUGCUGGCAAGAAGGCUCACUAA